CCCAAUUCAUUCGACCCAAUUAAUUAGCCCUAAAUUUCAAAAUUCGCGCCGACUUCUUCCGCCAGUCGCCACCGUAGUCCACCGGACUGUAAAACUUUGCGCUCUUUUCUCCCAAUUUCUCGCGGCGGCGAUCUCCUUCUCCGGCUAAUUUUAAUUUGGCGUUUGAGCUCUGUGCAGUUUUCAGCAAAACUUUCAGCGUGCGAUUGUACAACAGAGGAAUGGCGAAAGCAAUAACAACAACAACAAGAAACCAACAAAUUCGCUAUCUCUAUCACUCCCUUUCUUCCCAGCAAUGCCGUUCAACCAACCCUUUCUUUCAUCGCAUCCAUUCCCUUUCAAAUACUUCCACCGCCACCAAAUCUCUACCCCGUUCUCCAUUGGCUCUGCGUUUGGAUCGAAUGGAAAAUGGAUUGAUUUCUUACAGGUUUCUCUGUACCUCAACUCCUACUAAUCAAUCAAAUUCUGGAAACAGCUCGAGCUCUGGUGGUUCACAGGGAAAGUCUAUUCGGGGUAGUCCUGUUUCAUGGAUGAGCUUCUUUCUACUUGUUUGCACUGGAGCUGGAUUGGUUUACUAUUAUGACAGGGAAAAGAAACGGCAUAUUGAAGAAAUCACCAAUGCCUCAACUUCCGUGAAAGAAGGACCUUCAGUGGGAAAAGCAGCCAUUGGUGGUCCAUUUAAUCUUAUUGAUCAUAAUGGAAAAUCAGUAACUGAGAAAGACUUCUUUGGCAAGUGGACAGUUGUGUAUUUUGGUUUUACUCACUGUCCAGAUAUAUGCCCGGAGGAGCUACAGAAACUCGCUGCUGCAGUUGAUAAAAUUAAGGAGAAGUCUGGAAUCCAAAUAGUACCUGUAUUUAUCUCGGUUGAUCCUGAAAGAGAUACGGUUGAACAAGUAGGCGAAUAUGUUAAAGAGUUCCACCCAAACUUGAUUGGCCUCACUGGUAGCCCCGAAGAGAUAAAGAAAACAGCACGUGCUUAUCGGGUUUACUAUAUGAAGACAGAAGAAGAAGGCUCAGAUUACCUUGUUGAUCACUCAAUAGUCAUGUAUCUUAUGGAUCCUAAGAUGGAUUUUGUCAAGUUUUUUGGGAAGAACAACGAUGUCAACAUGCUUGCUGAUGGAAUAAUUAAGGAGAUAAAGCAAUACAAAGCGCGAGUCAAGGCGUAAUACGCUUGGACUAUGUUGCCCGACUCUUCAAAAAUGUCAUGAGGUGAGCGUCGGAUCCUUCAAAACUAGUGCAUUUUUUAAGGAUCCGACACAGGUGCGGCCACAUUUUCGGAGAUUCCGAGCAACUUAGCUCUCGGUAAGGUCUAGUUGUUGCUAGAGCAUUGAGCAUUGCAUUCAUGGAAGUUUUUGUGUACACACUUAAGAAAUUUCGAGUAUGUUAGGUCUUUAUACAAUAUUCUCUCUCUUGUUUGAAUUUUAUUAUAUGAAACAACCUCUCUACUUCUUCGGAGGUAGCGGUA